GGACGCCCUAGCGCUUGGAACGCUUUGUGAGCUAUGUUGCUGUGUCUCGAUCUCGUCUCUUCGUUCAUUGGCAAGCUAUGGCAAUAAUAAUUAAUGGCACACUUUGUGGGCAAAAGGCAUUCUGGACCUUCAAGUUUGAAAAAAGAAAAAAGGGAAGAACUUCAAGAAAAGAAAAGAGCAUGCCAGUCUUUGAACAUGGCUCUUAAACCAUGUUGUCCCGAACUCUUUGACACCAGCAACGUGUCGACCACCCACUAUAUAACUCCCAAUCGCAGAGCUAUUGCAACCACCAACAAUUUGUUACAGUACCUGGUACUUGUACAGUGUACCAGUACGUACAUGCCGCUGAAGCACUUGCCCUUCAAUUGCCAUCAAUUAUUGUGAAGCGGCUUUGGCGGGUGUGCAAGCAAGUAUGCAUAGAGACCAAAACUUACAAGCUUACUGUCAGUACCAGUACCGUGCAUUGCUUCGACUAUUUCUACUCGACUACUCGAGUCUCCCCACUGGUUCGCACAAGAGAGGACAUCAAAAGCGCUUGACAACCCGCCACAAAACAAAUUAGCUGGUGGGAGCGCAUUGUUGUUGGCUUUGCUUAUCCUCUUUGAGCUCUCACUUUUGGCAACCACACAACCACACACGGUUCCCUGUCAUGGCCAUGAGUCUCUUUGUGCAGCCACCGCUGAAGAAGCGUCGUCUCAACCCACAACCCACGCUGCUUGACUACUUUCCUGUUGUUAUUGGACAUGAUGAUGGCAAUGAUACAUGUGGUAGUACCAUCCGAGAGAAUUGGAUGUUUGGUUUUCUUCCAACAGAAGUUCUGCAAAAGUUUAUCUUCCCCUUGAUGACCGUUCAGGACUUGACCAACUUGUCACAGACUUGUCGUCAAGCGGCAUCUCUGGUGGAUACGUUCCGCGGUCCGUUGCCGUACAUUGUGCGGGAGGAGUUAUUGCCCCGAAAGCUUUCCUAUGUGAAUAUGGAACAUCAUAUGGGAUCACCCAAUGAUAAGGAUUGCGACUACUUUGAUGUGAGUCGGUCUCGCACGCUCCGCUUCUUGCUCAAAACAAGGCGUCAUCGCGUCGUUCAGGUACAAGUCAAGAUCGGUACAACCUUGUGGGCCGAAGUACUGAAUGAGUCCUUUCCAUGUGGCCCUCGUUACACCACGUGGGUGGAGGUCAAGAUAUACCGACAAGUCAAAGAGUCCCACAAACCAAACAUGACGCGUAUUCUACUCUUUGAGAAUGCCGUCUCCUACAACGAUGAUGAAGGAGCAAAAUACUACUACAUGGAAGGAUACCAGAAAACACCUCAAGAUCAGUGUGCCCAGGAAAUGAUGAAUUCCAAGCUCAGCAGCAAGUUAGUACCAGAUGCAUUGUGCCAUGGAAGGACGACUGCUGUGGAGUCGAUCAACUCCUCUGGCGGCAGCAAGGAAUCACUAUCCAUGGCAGUGGAAGGAAACCAUCGCGACUGUGCCAACUACAUUUGGAAGUGCGCCAACCGCAUUGCGGCUUCUCCAACACACUACAAUCUACCCAAUCUGGACUUUUUGAUUGAACAAGCCUUGCCACCGUCAUUGCACUGUUACCUACCCAACAAAUACGUCAUUGAUGACGUCCAAAAGUAUCUGGGACCCCUUCCCGAAGCCCUGUGGAAGCACCGCAAGGCUCCCUCCCCCCAGGCACGACGGCUGUUCUUGAAUGGAACCGGCAAUAGACGGCGUGACCAACAUGGGCAAUUGACCAAGGAAUAUCUAAUUCAUGAUAUUCCAUGGUACUCGGAAUGGUAUCCCAGGCGUGCAGUACUCUCGCCCCGCAACCUACUGCAGAGCUUGCCGCCAAAGUUGGCGGUCUCGCAUAUUGUACCCUUUCUGGACAAAUCGGAUACAGCCGCAUUGCGAGCAGUCUGCCCCAAGCUGGAAACUGUUUGGUGAAGAAAGUGGUGACUAGCUUCUUCUUUGUCAAAUAAAAAGAUGUCAUUGUUUGCCUGGAUGUUCGUUGUUGUGGGUGAAUUUUUUAUCGAUGCUUCACGCCCUUGCAGGUACAAAGGAUGCUUCAAUCAAAGACAUGGCAACAUACAUGUAUUCCUUGCUGUAGAAUAAGGAAACGGGUUCAUAUGGCAGCAAAAGUCAUUGACGUCAAAGCCUGGGUUGCAAUUCUGGCUCUCGCCAUGUUUAGCUGUCUUGCACACGCACACUUUUACUUGAGUGUACCGGUGGCCAAUGCUGCAACAACCUCUUCAAGCAACUGAAAAUGCAAGCAUCAGUAGCAGACAAUUCGCUUUGUUCUUGACCAUCAGUUGCAAAUCGCCCUUUGACCCGACAUGGCCCAACAGGCCGAGACUGGGUGAUUUGAAUAGUAUAUGGAAGCAAGUCGUUCGAAGGUUCAGGUCCAGCAACUUUCACAACAGUGAGGUUUGAGAUCAAACACACUCCAUGAUGCACAGCCAACCAUAGACUGAGAAGGGUGCGGAAAAGUUGAGGCACAUGUACUGACCCGGCAAUGGAGGGUGACGAGGAAAGGAGAGUGGGUUUUGGUUGGCUCCCCGAGAAGCAAAUCUUCGUUGCCCCUCCCGCUGGCUAGUGUGGAACAGAGUGAGAGAGGCUCCUUUGUCCUCUUUGUUCCCCUUCUUCCUGAAGCUUUAGAUGACUUGAUCUAUGACCUGUCUGCUGAUAUGGUAUUGCUGCAGGAUCAUAUGCAGUUCUACUACCUAGAAGUAUGUUGCACAAGAAGUAACCUCCUCCGGUCAACUGGAAACAAAGCCCUUCUGCUUCGUUUGCACAUGUACAUCUUUCUCGCAUCACAACGGAAGUGCUUCUAUCCCACCUACAAGGUUGCAGGUCACUUUGUGAUGCGCGCGGUACAGGCAGUAAACUUUGAACUUGGAGCUGACCAUGUAUGCAUACAGUAACGUGCUACCGUAUGCAAGCUACAAACUGCACUCCUACAACAACGGAAUGUGAAUAAUUAUGAAAGCUCUAAUAGGCGAUAUUCUUAUCUAUGGC